AGAGUACCGACUUGGCCGAUGAAUAGAGACAGAGAGAGAGAGCGGGAGUGGGGGAAGCAGAGUGGGAGAGAAAUGGAGAAGAGGAGGCUCUUGUGACGAGCGGUUGGGGUCCUACCCGUCUUCUCUCACAGCAUCUCCCCUACAUUUGCAUCGAUGAUCGAUGCGUGUUGCUGGGAGCUUCGAUUUUGUGAUUGUGUGUGCCUGGAUUGCAAACGUCGUUGUGGUUUUAGGGGAUCACGCGCCGGUUGAGACGGUUGAGAAUCGCGGCGGAACAGUGAGGUGGAAUUAGAGGGGGACGGAGACAAGAGCUGAGAGGGAGAGGAACUAGUUUGGCAGAUGACGGCUUUGGUGCCAUCGCAGGUGGUGGCGACGUUCGAGCGCUCGCUUGGAGUGGCUGCUUGUGUCAGAACAUGUGUGAGGUAGAGGAUUGGAUUCCAAGAAGUAGAGUGGUGAGAGAAUGUUGUUGCACGAUGAACGAACGGGUUUUGGGAAGAUGGUGCGAGGUGCGGAUAGUUUGAGGAUUGGAGGAGAACGACGUGGUGGUGAUGAACGAGGAGGGAGGAGAGGAGGGGAAUUUGGGAGAUAAAUUUUGUGAUAAUAUUGCGAGGUGGUGGUUUUGAGCCUCUCGGACGUCGUCUGCGUCGCUGGGGGUCUAUUAUCGUGGCUUUAGAUUGCGGCCUUGGUUGUUUGCAGUGCGGAACUUGAUGUUAUUCCAUCACGUAUUCCGUAGAGCGGGUUCACUUUCUAUGAUCGGAGUCUUCCCUUUUGUUAGUUAUCGAAAGUUGAAUGACGGUUCAAGCCGGCACGGUACGGUAUUAUUGCUAUCGGGUGGGCCUAGACUGCAUCGUUUGCAGUUGUACGAGGAAAGAACAAAAAUUCAAUGAAUUUUUUAUCGCCGAGGAGCUGAAUACUGGACAGUUAUGGUCCUCAUCAAAUGAUUCCCAGACAUUUCCUCCAGUUUUGAUGUAACUCCCUUGUUUCUCCCGUGGAAGUGGAGGCUGUUUGGUGCUUGAUGAGACAGUUGAGUGUUUUACAGGAUAUCACCCUUGGUACACGCUUCUUGAUUAUUUCAAGUAGAAGCAUAGUGUCCAUUACGUCGAUGUUUGGAGAAACUCCAAAUCAGCGUCCUAGACGAUUGCUUGGUCACGUUUUUGUAAAGAGUGUACAGGCUCAACAUUGGAGUCUUUCUGCAUUGCUGCAGUGGAGGCCAUGAAGUUUUCACGCAGUCGUCCGCGAUCAGAUACGAAACGAUGACUCCUCGAUCGUUAUAUUUCUGUAUAUGGUGGCAUUUGCUGUAAAGCGAUUCUGAGGGUUGCCGUUCAGUUCCGGAGACAGUGACGAGACUUCAAGUGGUUCAAAAAUGAGAAUAUUCUGCGCAACUUUUGUCCGAUAGUUCUCAAAAUUGGAUUUCCGGAAAAUUCCACUGCUGUCGGGACCGUACGUACUCAGCAACGCAGGGUUGAGAUAAUUUGCGCUGUUAUGGUCUUAGAGUGUCUUCGGUGGAAUUGACUCCCUUGGAGCUUUUGACGGUGCUGCAGCCUCGUCAAAGCAGGCUCUUAGAUCGGUAAUACUUUUUGUCAUUAGGACUCUGUGGGAGGUGAACUGUUCGUUGGGUCAUAGUCUCGACGGUUGCAGAGUGGGAAGAUACUGGGGCUUAUUAUCUUGAAUAUUGUUGAAUAUUGUACAUUUAUGUUGAGAGAGAAGCGAGGGUUUGUAAAUGACUACAAUAACUUAGUAUCCUGGGCCGUUGUUUGGUGUUUUCAUAGGUCUUUAUAGGCUGUCCCUGCCAUAUUUCCUCAUCUUUUGCUGGUCUAGUUCCUGUUCGUUAGAUUGUAAGUUUUGUAGCUAAAGUGCAGUUCCUGAGGUCUUUUCGCAAUACAUUUGGAUACUAGAGUUCUCGAAGGCAGUGCCUUGCUUUUUCUCAAGUAGAAAGGUUUUCCUACUUUUGGUUGUUGGCAUCAACAAUCAGUUCGAGAACUUUCGGAAAAGCAGCGCGAUGAUUCUCCUAGGAAUGGGCCUGGGGAAGUCCUACAAGGAGUCUCUCAAGUCCUUGGAGGCUGACAUUCAACAUGCUAAUACUCUGGCAUCAGAGUUUCCAAGAGAUUAUGACGGAGCGUGUCUUCAAAUGAGAUUGGCAUACAGUCCUGCUGCUCAUUUCCUGCUUUUUCUGGUUCGGUGGACGAACUGCAGUCUGGCUGGUGCCCUUGGGCUUCUAAGAAUUCUCAUAUACAAGGUGUACCUCGACGGGACCACAACAAUGUCAACACAUGAGAGAAAAGCUAGUCUUCGUGAGUUCUAUUCCUAUAUAUACCCUUCACUGCAGCAGCUGCAAGGUGGUAUUACAGAGAUGGAAGAUAUGAAGCAAAAGGCUGUGUGUCAAGAGCGGUACAAGAAAAAAGUGGACGAAGAGCGCGGUCUCAUGUCAGAGCUUGACCUAGAACGUGAGCAAGAGUGUGGCAUCUGCAUGGAGACCAAUACCAAGAUUGCGCUUCCUGAUUGCAACCAUGCCAUGUGCCUUAAAUGCUAUCGUGAAUGGCAUGCUCGUUCUCAAUCAUGUCCAUUCUGCCGUGACAGUUUGAAGCGAGUGGAUUCUCGAGAUUUAUGGAUAUUUACAGAUUCUGGCGAAAUCCAAGACAUGGUUUCUAUUGCCCGUGACAACUUGCAAAGACUUUUCAUGUACAUCGACAAGCUUCCCCUCUUAGUUUCUGAAAGCAUCUUUGCAAUCUAUGAUGCCCACACUAAAUGAAGGUCCUUCCUUUUUUUUUGCCUUUCUCCAUUCCUGGCGAUGCUCCUUCUGAGACUGAAAUUUCCAGAGCCUUCGUACCCUAAGACUUUGGCUGGUACGAUGAGCUCUUCAGCUCCAUGUGUUCAACACAUUAACCCACAAAGGAGCGGGACUAUUUCAACCUCAGGCAAUGAAUCGUCUCGGCUGUAAUGAAUCUCUGCUUCGGUCUACUUUCGUAGACUACAAGUCAGACCCUCAGUCAUUUUGAAGACAUCAACGUAUUUGUUCCAAACCUUCCGAGCAGCGAUGAUUCACGCUAGCUCUCGAUUACAACGUAUUUAUUUACAUGUAUUUAUGUACUGGGUUCAAUCAUUCCAGUGUCAAGUUUUGUGCCAGGUAUUCGUGAACUCCUCUCCAAGCUCGCAUGUUCUCCUUCAGACUGCAACAAGUCCGAGAGACUUGUGAAAGGACUCUGUAUAUAUUCACAUAUUUCUGGAUUAAUGCAAACCGGCCACUUUGGAAUGGUACUUCCUAAUGGAAGUGGCAUUACCCAGGUGCCAAGGCCCAGUUUGAUCUGGACGUCUCUGGAGCUUUAUCAUUUUAGCUUA